UUUGUCUUUUUUUUUUUUUUUUUUUAAUUCUUCCUAAAAUAGAAGGAAUGAUUUUUUACCUCCAUCUCUCCUCUCCUUUAUUUCUUUUACCAAACAAGUGAUUCUUCAUUUCCUUUCAACUCUCUCUGCACUCAUUUCCAUUCACCCAUUCGCCUUCCUAUCAAACAUAGUGUUAAAGAUAGAUGUUUUUUUUAAGGUGCGUUUAGAAAGCCACAAUGUAAUUGGAUUUGUGUGUAAUUAGAGGUAAUUACACAAUUUGACAUGUUUGUCUGACCAUGUAAAUACACUGUAAUUGUGUAAUUGGAAGUAAUUGAGGGGUUCCAAUUACACUCUUCAAUUCUCAUAACCCCCAUGAGAAUUGAAUGUAAUCACACUGUGUGAUUACUAAAAACUUUCCAUAUUAAACAUUAGGUAUUAAAAAAUAUUAUUUUCUCAUGUAAUUACUAACUAGUUUGCCAAACAAGAUAUUAAGAAUUCAUAUAUAAUUACCACACCUCAUAUCCAAACACACCUUAUAUUUUAAAAUAUAGUGUAAUUAAUAAACUGUGUAACUACCACCCUAGUAAUUACCCUACAUAGUAAUUACACAGUUACUUCCAGACACACCCUUAAUAAAUUAUUAAUUUCUAUAUAAAAAUAAUUAGGGUGCUUUUAUAAUGUAUACUUUUAAAAAGGUUGUACUGAUAUAUCCCAUAUUUGUUUUAGAAAUGUGAAAAAAAAAUAGUUGUGUCCAUUAUAAUUAUUUAAGACAUUUUGUAAAAUUUUAAAAAAUUUAGAAUAUUUUAUGAUAUAAAGAGUAGUAUUCAAAGAGUCUAUUUUACAUCGUAUAAAAUAAAAAAAUCACGCGUGCAACAUAUUAUUUGAAUCUUAUUUUUAGCGUGUUAAUUUUUUUUAAAAUUCUCAAAAUUUUACAAGAUAUCUUAAAUAAUUACAAAUUAUAGAAAAAUUUAAACUAAAAAAUUCUACUAAAUGAAAAAAUAAAUAAAAAUAAACGGAUACAUUUAUAUAUUUUUUUAAGAGAAUUCAUUAUCAAAUUUUUUAAAAAUAUAUAUUUAUAGUAUUAAGAUAAUAAUAAAAAAAAAACAUUAUUUGUUGAAGUGAUAGAAAAAAAAGAGACUUACUAGAAUGACCCUCAUGAGACGACUAUCCAACACUUGUGGAGGAACCACUUCGUAAUAGGGAGUUACGUGUCCCGGUCCCAGAAGUGGGCCCACCAAAGCCCUCUUCCGGAUGACUUGAUCACCCCGUUUUCUGCCGUUAAGCGCUUUGAUAAGGUUUUAGACUUUAGUCGGUUUUGGGACACGUCAUUUUGAUACUGAUCGGGGUAAACCCUAUUCGGGCCCCACAACCCACCUUAGAGUGGGCCCAACCUUAGUUUUAGGAUGCCGUAAAUCGCCACCUAUGCGCUCUAAACUGAAUGAUCUUGGCGCAAUAAUGACCGUCCGAUAUCGCUUUUCCAACAGAUCCAUAAAAGAGAGAUUUGACAACUAUACCACGUGGCGAUUCAGUAGGCUUCCUUCAGUGUUUUUAGACUUUCCAAGUUUAUAUUUCGGAAAAACCCAUUCUUUUAGCACUUUUCUGUAAAAACGUCAAUAUUCUACCUAAUACUUGGGUCCCAUCCUCUGCCAGCGUGACACCUAGCUAUAAUAGUGAUGGUGUACCCUAGCUUGGCCCACUAUAUGCGUCCGCUAGAUUCCUCAUAAAUAGACCCAUCUUGAUUGUCUACAACCAAGUCCACCGAAAGAAACAAUAACACCCAAUUAGAAUCCGCCACGCUAGCGUUAACAGAGCAUUCUUUAUUCACGGGUACACAGAACGACGAAAAUACGUGCCACAGAGAACUAUUUUUUCUCAAAUUUAUAAUUAAUAUAAAACAGUGGUUUAAGAGAGCUCGACCGGAGACCACCUUGUCGAAGGGCAGAGGGCGAGAAGGACACGUGGCGGUGAGCGAAAAGUGAAAAGAGUACGAUUGCAAUCAAUGCUUUCUUUUCUUUCCUUUCAUUCACUGCGGAUGCGUGUGCCAUCCGACUAUAUAUAUCUGUUCACACGUGUCAACAUCACAGUUGUCUUCUCCUUCUCUCUUAUUUUAUCCCAUCUCAACUCUUCUCUCUACUCUCUUCGUUUCUUUCUUUCUCUCUCCUCUACUCUCUUUCUCUCUCUAGGUGAAUGUGAGUGCACUCUCUAGUCUCUUGUACAUGGACAUCUUAGAAGACGAGCAACUCGAGCGAGACGACUCAGUAGGAGUAACAGACUUGGAAUUACUGUCGACGAGCUCGGGCUUGUCCUCUGUACUUACCGCCGAAGAUUCUAGAAGUACCACCAGCUCCGGCGACAUAUCCAUGACGAGCAGCAAUUCCGGCGAGAUUCGGGCGAUGCUUGUAUCGGAAACGGUGGUAGUACCUAUCAUUCCUGACCAGGCCGCCGCCGCUGCUUCAAACGAUGGAACCGCCGCAGCGACGUUGACCGCGCCGGCUAGGCCGGUGAAGUGCGUGGGUAGGAAAAACAAUGGAGUGAGUUGGGGUUUCACUUCGGUGAUUGGGAGGCGGAAAGAGAUGGAGGACGCUGUGGCAGUUGUUCCGGGAUUCAUCUCCCGCACGUGCGAUCACGUCGGUGGUUGUACGGCUCCGGGUUCUACAACUUCCUCUGAGAUCUCUCCCGUUCAUUUUUUUGGAGUGUACGAUGGUCAUGGUGGCUCUCAGGUAGCUAAAUUUUGCGCCGAAAGGCUGCAUGAAGUGAUAGCAGAAGAGUGGUCUCGGGACACUAUUGGAUACAAUGAAUGGCAGAGAAAGUGGGAAACGGCGUUUUCCACUGGUCUGGAGAGGGCUGACAAUGAGCUCCUGACAGAGAAUGUGGCACCAGAGAUGGUGGGAUCGACUGCAGUUGUUGCUGUUCUGUCUGGAUGCCAGAUUAUUACAUCGAAUUGUGGUGAUUCCAGGGCAGUUCUUUGCCGUGGGACCCAAACAAUCCCAUUGACUGUUGAUCAGAAGCCGGAUAGAGAAGACGAGCUCUUGAGAAUCGAAAGAGAGGGAGGGAAAGUCAUUAACUGGAACGGUGCUAGAGUAUUUGGAGUUCUUGCCAUGUCCAGAGCUAUAGGUGAUCGAUAUCUAAGGCCAUGGAUAAUUCCAGUGCCUGAGAUUAAGUUCAUGACAAGGGCUGAAGAGGACGAGUGCUUGAUUUUGGCUAGCGACGGGCUUUGGGAUGUGAUGACAAACGACGAGGUAGGAGAGGUUGCUCGUCAUCUUCUCAGAAGACGCCGUAGGUUGAUGAUGAGUAGUAGCAGUAGUUCCUCGGAUGAUCAGAUAUCACCAGCACAAUUUGUUGCUGAUAGUCUCACUGAAAUUGCUUGUGGAAGAAACAGCUCAGACAACAUUUCUAUCAUUGUUGUUGAUCUCAAAUCCAAGAGGAAACGACAACUAAGGCAAUGAAAAAAGAGGAUAAAAAGGAAUGAGAAUGGAGAUGAAAUCUCUUUAUAUCUUAUAUCUUUCUCUUUCUCUUGAAAAUGCCAUCUGUGAUUCACCCUGAUAGGUCAAAGGUAAGGAUUGAUCUAAGUAAAGGACAUUCCACCUGUUCUGUAAAUGAUGAACAGGUUCCAUAAUACCCACCUUUGACUUAUCUUGCCUAACCUGUACAGUACAGUAUUGACUAACAACAUGAAUCAGUUUGUUUAAAUAGCAAAAUAUUUAAAGAAAAUACCAAAAAAAGAAAAAGAAAGGCUAGAUCAAUCCUCACUUUUAAUUGGCUUGGUCCAGAAGAAAAAAAUAGUAUUUCCUGGAGGAUGAAGAAGUGUAGAGGAGAAGAUUUCAAAGGAUAAAUAGCUUGCAAAUAAACUAAUUGUUUUAUUUCUCUUUAUCAUGAAUAUUAUUCACCAUAAACCACAGAAUGGGAAAAAGAAACUACAAGCUCUUGGACAUUUAGUUUCGGGGCUGGAUUUUUUUUUUGUGUGUGUGUGUGUGUGAUCUACCAAUUUUAAGCAGUGUCCAUUUAAUAAUUACAAGUGAUUUCUCCAUUAGCAAAUUAAGGGUAAAGCUAGACUUUGCAGUGGCCGGUUAUUGUGUUCUGGUUUUCUUAAUUUUGACAUAAUUAUUUGCCAAGAUAAGAUUUGUGGUAUUUUCUUUCA